AUGGCUGACGAGAUGUUGGAUGACGUAUACAACGUGUUGUUUCUAGUCUUGAUCUUCAAUGGUAAUAACAUGCGAGUGACAGGACGCGUGCGAGCCUGUGUGUUUAACACAUAUGCCAGACACAGAACGAACCAGGCCAAGUUCACGCUCGCUGACAUAGAUUUCACCUUGUGUACUCACUUGAUAUAUUAUCGGGCCACCCUCAAUGCAACUAACAAAGAGAUCGUCCCGGACAACUCGUCUGCAGAGAUAUACACCGACGGGUUAUAUGA